ACCACCAACAACCUCACGUAGGUCGUCUCACUCACUCUCAACUGCUACUACUUCUAGACUGCUCCGAGUCAAGUCCAGCUCACGCCCAUCCCACAUCGUCCAGCAAUCUAGAUCGGGAGCAGUGCCACCGGACUGAGGAUGAGAGGAGGGAGCAGGAUGAUGCUGCUGCCGGUGCUGGCCGUUUUGGUGCUGGCCGUGCUGGCGCUCCUGCCGUCGGCGGCGGUGGCGACCAACUACACGGUGGGCGACGAGAAGGGGUGGAACCCCAAGGUGGACUACACCGCCUGGGUCAAGAAGCACAAGCCCUUCUACAAGGGCGACUGGCUCCUGUUCCAGUACCAGAACGGUCGGUCAGACGUGGUGCAGGUGGACGAGGUCGGCUACGACAACUGCAACAAGGAGAGCGCCAUCACCAGCCACAACAAGGGAACCAGCUACGCCUUCCAGCUCAAGGAGGCCAAGGACUACUUCUUCAUCUGCAGCUACGGCUACUGCUACUCCGGCAUGAAGCUCGCCGUCACCGUCAAGAAGGGCUCCGCCUCCUCCUCCUCAUCCUCAUCCUCGUCGUCGUCUGACUCUGACUCCGACUCCGACUCCGACUCCUCCCCCACGCCGGCUUCCAAGUCAAAGUCAUCCUCCAAGUCCGCCGCCGCCGUUCCCCUUGCUGCCGGCCGGGGCGUCGCUUCCUUCGCCGCCGUCGUCGGCGCAGCCGCCAUGCUACUUAGAAUGCUCUGAUCAAUUGCACAAUUAAGCUCAGUUUGGCUCAGAUCUUGAGCUGAAUUCUUGUCAGAUUUUUCUCUUGUUAAUUUCUUCCUCCUCCUCCUCCUUGGUUAAUUAAUUUUCUCUUGUGCGCUUGAUGUAAGUUUUCUUUUCUUAUUUUUCGAUUUGAUUCCGAACGGUGUCUGGUCGAUGGUUGUAGUUGAUUUGUUGAUUGAAAGCGUGAAUUGGAGAAACUACUUUUGCCGAUGA